AUGGAGGAGGCGGCGGCGGCGGCGGCGGGCUCGUCGGGGCCCCGCGGGGCGGCCGAGCGGCUGCGGGCGGCGGUGGGCCGGGCGCUGCAGGAGGCGCCCCGGCAGCGGCGCCUCCUGCUGGUGGUGGUGUGCGUGGCGCUGCUGCUGGACAACAUGCUCUACAUGGUCAUCGUGCCCAUCGUGCCGGACUUCGUGGCCUCCAUGGGCGCGGCCGGGCCCCGCCAGGGGGCGCCGCCCGGCCCGGCCCACCCCGGCCCCCGCAACGCCAGCGGCGGCGGCGGCCCUCCGGCGCCGGCGGCCAACGAGGACGUGAAGAUCGGGCUGCUCUUCGCCUCCAAGGCGCUGCUGCAGCUGCUGGUGAACCCGCUGAGCGGGCCCUUCAUCGACCGCGUGGGCUACGUGCUGCCGCUGCUGAUCGGCCUGGCCGUGCUGGUGCUGUCCACGGCCGUCUUCGCCUUCGCCGAGAGCUACGGCACGCUCUUCGCGGCGCGCAGCCUGCAGGGCCUGGGCUCGGCCUUCGCCGACACCUCGGGCAUCGCCCUGCUGGCCGACGCCUACCCCGAGGAGGCCGAGCGCAACCGGGCGCUGGGCAUCGCGCUGGCCUUCAUCUCCUUCGGCAGCCUGGUGGCGCCCCCCUUCGGCGGCCUGCUCUACCACUUCGCCGGCCGCCGCGUGCCCUUCCUGGCGCUGGGCGGCCUGGCGCUGCUGGACGCGGCGCUGCUGCUGCUGGCCGCCCGGCCGGGCUGGGCGCGGGCGCGCGAGAACCGCCCGGUGGGCACGCCCAUCCACCGCCUGAUGGGCGACCCCUACAUCGCGGUGGUGGCCGGCGCGCUCACCACCUGCAACAUCCCGCUGGCCUUCCUGGAGCCCACCAUCGCCACCUGGAUGGCCGGCCGCAUGGGCGCCAGCGACUGGGAGGCCGGCCUGGCCUGGCUGCCGGCCUUCGUGCCGCACGUGCUGGGCGUCUACCUGACCAUCCGCCUGGCCGACCGCUACCCGCACCUGCAGUGGUUCUACGGCGCGCUGGGCCUGGUGGUGAUCGGCGCCAGCUCCUGCACGCUGCCCGCCUGCCGCACCUUCUGGCAGCUGGUGCUCCCGCUCUGCGGCAUCUGCUUCGGCAUCGCGCUGGUGGACACGGCGCUGCUGCCCACGCUGGCCUUCCUGGUCGACGUGCGCUACGUCUCGGUCUACGGCAGCGUCUACGCCAUCGCCGACAUCUCCUACUCGCUGGCCUACGCGCUGGGGCCCAUCGUGGCCGGCGAGAUCGUGCACUCCUUCGGCUUCGUCAAGCUCAACCUGGGCAUGGGCCUGGCCAACGUGCUCUACGCGCCCGUCCUGCUGGCCCUCCGGAACAUUUGCAAGAUGAAGCCCUCGCACUCGGAGCGCAACGUCCUCCUCGACGAGGGGCCCAAGGGACUCUACGACACCAUCCGCCUGGAGGAGCGGGCGCGCCAGGGCGGCGGGGGCAAGGGCGCGGACUCUGGCCGCAGGGACUGCCCGGGGGCUUCUGGAGAGGACUCCUCGGGGGAGGACUACACCUAG